UCAGACAGAAUUUCUUCGUGUUUUAAAACAGCUCGUGUAAACGUUGGCUUACAACAAACUUCGUAUAAAACCUUUUUCUGAAGUUCCAGCCUCAGGAACCGGUAAUAUGGCCUCGCUCCAUCCUUCACGGGGUGGUAAAGGGACCACGUCUCGACGUGGACGAGGAUCUACAAUAUCGCGAGGUCCUAGGACAGAACUGAUGAGUACGGGUACAGAGAUGCUUGAGCAAUUUCUGGCUAAACCUCAGCUGGUGGUGGUGGAACAACCUAAGGAACGUGGUAUGAGGUUUCGCUAUGAGUGUGAAGGCCGGUCGGCUGGGAGCAUCCUUGGAGCCUCCAGCACUGAAGUCAACAAAACCCUGCCAGCCAUUGAGCUCCAAGGGCCUACUGAAGGGAUUACAAGGGUGAGCGUCACAGUCUCGUUGGUGACCAAGGACCUCCCUUAUCGACCACACCCUCACUGCCUCGUAGGGAAGGACUGUACUGAUGGGAUCUGUGUCAUACAUUUCAACCCUCAGUCCAGUCGCCGGCAUGUUUUUUCAAAUUUAGGUAUCCAGUGUAUAAGAAGGAAAGAGGUUGAAGCUUCAUUACAAAAGAGGAGGGAGAUAAACAUUGAUCCAUUUAGCACUGGCAACACUAAGGGCGCUGAAGAUUUGGACCUGAAUACCGUUCGCCUGUGCUUCCAGUGUGAGUUACAGAGAGAGGAUGGGGAAAGGGUCCAUCUAGCACCUGUGCUCUCCAAUCCCAUCUAUGACAAAAAGGCUACAACGACAUCAGAGUUGAAAAUUAAUCGACUGAAUGUUGUUAGGGGACCCUGCACUGGAAAGACUGAAAUCUACAUGCUCUGUGACAAAGUACAAAAAGAUGACAUAGAGAUAAUCUUCAGUUUGGGAAAGUGGCAGGCCAAAGCGGAGUUUGCCCAGACCGACGUACACAGGCAGAUUGCCAUUGUCUUCAAGUCUCCGCCCUUUGAGGAGCAAGACAUCACCGAAGAGAAAGAGGUUGAUGUAUUUCUGCGCCGUCUGUCUGACCGCAUGGAAAGCGAACCAGUCAAGUUCACCUAUCUGCCCUACAAUUCAGAUCCAUAUGAAGUAAACCGCAAGAGGAAAAUCAAAAAGGAUGUUGUGUUUACGGACAGGUGCAGUGUCACAGCACCUGGCAUGGUGGCUCAGCCCGGAACUUCACAGCAGUUUGAUCAGUUUCCCUUACCCCAGCCGUUGCCCAGUGCCGAUCCCAUAAUUAUUCCUCCUCAGGAAGAUCAAGCACCUUACCCUUGUGAAGACAACUUCCAAGAGGACUACUGUCCAAGCCUCAGCCCUGAAGAUAUGAACACCAUUUUAUCAAGCAUAUCUUACGUUCUCGAGCAAAAUCCAAACUCAGACUUCAGCAACGCACUCGGACAGCUGAUUGCAGAAACGGAUUCCAACUCAAACUUUGCAGUUGAGGGUACAGAUGCACAGAAUUUUAACCAUAUGGGGGUAAACACUGCGCCGAUGAACUUUACCUUCUACAACGACGUCCAGUUCAACAAUAUGGUGACUAAUCAAUCCCUCCACGCAGAGCUGGAUGGAUCGGGUUUCCAACCCCAAGAGCUGGAGACCCUCUCUUUAACCCAGGUAAAGACUGAGAGUGAGAACGACCACAUCUGAAAGAAACCUCUCCCUUUUAAUGUUCGUCUGAGUCUGUUCUUACAGAUAUUUGUAUUGUAUAUUUGUGUCUGUAUAUGGA